GGAGGUUGAGCCAUUUCACGGCGCGGCUAAUGUUGCUCCGACCGGGAAAACGGCCGCCGCGGAACUCGAUGCGAUUAUUGAGCCGAGCCGCCAUAGAAAUUGUUUCAAGUCCGCGUUUGCUCGUCCUCGAUCUUUGUCCGUAUCAUCGUUCGAAUCAAUCAAUCAGUUGACGGCUUGAAAUCUCGGCUCCUGCGUCAUUGAGAUUCCAACUGCCCUAUUCUCAUUCCUCGGCCGCUGGGUUUGCUCGAGGCUUUCACCGGAGGAAGUUUCAGGCCGUCGGGUGCGGGUUUCUGGAGCUCUUUUCGAGGAAUUUGGCCGGUAAUUGUUGGGUUUGUCCGUGUCGUAAGGAGCUUGGAGUUCUGGCAUUUUCUGGUUAGGGAUUGUCUCCGCCGGAAAAUUUUCCUUCUCCAGCUUCUUGAGUUUGAAGGGGUUUUAAGAGCUUCAGUUUAGCCACUAGCGGUAUUGCAUUGGAACUGUUUGUUAAGUUCAUUGUAAGUUCAGAGUGAGAGGCUUCAUGUUGAGGAAUAUGGAAUCGGAUAACAGUGAUACAGACGAGGAUGUUCUCCACAACUACAAAACCGAGUUCCAAAGUGGUAUGCGACCUGCUGGGAAUGGGAGAGCAGCAGCGGGUGGGUCUGCUCCCAUGCCAAGGCAAAACGAUAUGGAAAUUCAAAUUCACAAUAUCGAACAAGAAGCCUAUAGUGCAGUCCUUCGGGCAUUUUAAAGCUCAAUCAGAUGCUAUUAACUUGGAAAAGGAGGGUUUAAUAACAGAACUCAGAAAGGAGUUGAGAGUGUCGGACGAGGAGCAUAGGGAACUCUUAUCCAGGGUCAAUAAUGACAACAUGAUUCGAAGGAUAAGGGAGUGGAGGAGAACUAGUGGGUCCCAAUCAGGGAUGCCGAGCAGCGUCCAGCCUGCCCAUGAUCGUGCCCCUAGUCCCUCGAUUUCGGUAUCACGCAAGAAACAGAAAACAUCACAGUCGGCUGCUUCAUUAUCCAUGGGUGCUCCUCCUGCAUUGCACCAACCAAUGCAAGCAUCAACAUCAGCCUUAAGACGAGGGCCUCCCGCUCCACCUGCAUCAAGAAACAAGAAACCCCAGCCAACUUUGCAAUACCCUCCUUCUACUGGUAUGAAUGAAGGUGGAAGGGCCCAGGUUGCUAACAGGAAUUCUGCAGGAGCAUUUUUAAACAAUGAGCCUGCAGCUCCUACCAGUGUGAAUCCAUUGGUUGGAAGAAAAGUUUGGACUCGGUGGCCUGAAGAUAAUAACUUCUAUGAGGCUCUUAUCACCGACUACAAACCAGAAGAAGGGACACAUGCUUUGGUGUAUGAUAUGAACACAGAGGAUGAAACAUGGGAAUGGGUCAAUCUCAAAGAGAUACCUCCUGAAGACAUCAGGUGGGAGCAUGAGGAUCAAUCCAUUUUUGGUAAAGGCAGCCGGCCUGGACAUGGUCGGGGGAAUAAGAAGCCCAUGAUGCGUGGUGGUUCUGCUGCUGCUGCUGCUGGGCUUGGACGAGGUAGAGGGAACACUAAAGGUCCAAAAAGGGAGUUUCCUCUAUCACAGAAUGGCACUGGGAAAAAGGCUUUGGGUGAUAUCGAGAUCCUUCACACUGAGACACUAAUCAAGGAGUGGAAAAAAGUUUUCGGCACUAACCUUCCUGAUCCGACAGAAAAUUGAGAAAGCGAAGAAAGUGCUGAGAGAACAUGAACAAGCUCUUGUAGAUGCAAUCGCAAGGCUUGAAGAUGCUUCCAAUGGUGUGAGUGAGGAGGGAGGGCGGCAGUUUCCCCAUGGGCGGUUGGAGCAAGAGCAAGGUUGGAGAUAACAGAUACAACAAUGAAUUCGGCGGCAGCGGUAGGGAAAGUAGCAGAGGUCCAGAUGGUCAGGGAGGGUAGAGUUCUCUUUUCCUUGUUUAUUGGGGGGUAAUGAUGAUGAUCAUCAUCAUCAUCAGUUCUGCUUGUAGCAACCCAUCUGUGUAUGAUAGAGUGCUCUAAUUCUAGAAACUAGGCCUAAGUACAACAUGGCUAUUACUAACUUAAAAUAGCCCAUUGGAUGAUGGGAGUGUAGCCUUUUGUUUCAACCCCCUUUUGUCUUGUAUAUUACUCCCAGCUGUAGUAGUACCCAAUUUGUGAUGUCCUCAAGUUCUUAGAUUGUUUGUAUUUUUGCCAACUGAUUAGAGAAUGGAAGAAAAGGAUUUGCCUUUUUGUUUGUUGCGCAGUUUGAGUUGACUUUUGCUUUGCUGAGCUUUCUUACCCUUUCUUUUGCUUGCUGCGCGAUUUUAUUUCGGAAGACCAUUUCC